UCGCACACUUAUAUCCAUUGAACGCGCGCGAAAUCGACGCUAAAUUGUUUUCUUUUUUUUUGUUGAGGUGCUUUUCCACGCGUUCUCCCACCGCGGUAACUUUUUAAAGGCUCAGUGGUGAGGUUUUAGGGUCACCGUGUACUAAAUUGUAAAAAUUUGUAUAAUUGUUAACGUUUUUGUCGUGUCGACGAGAGAUCGCACGCGAAAAAUGGUCCUCCAGGUGUAAGCUUUUCUUCGCCCGUUUCAGAGGGGAGUUUUAGAAAAUUUCCCGCUGUCUCGAUCGGUUGUUGAAAAAAAAGUGCGACUCGUUUUUGAAGCUUUUCGCCGAGUUUUAAAUAGAAGUGGCGCUGAAUUUUUCGAAACUUUUCUCUGGACAUUACGUUGGGAACGUCACGUGAGGUUGGUAAUUGUCAAAAGUGAAUCACUUACCGAGCACUUGGUUUUUACUGCAUUGCCAAGACUUGGUUGAACAAAAAAAAAAAAAAAAAAAAAAAAACAAGUGUGCAGAAAACAAACACGCAAAGGUUUCGAGUCGUGAUCAUUCGAUGUUGUUGUAACAAACACUCGGUGAACAAAGGCGGAUAUAUACGAGUAUGUUUUCCAUGCAAAAAACGCGAGAAGAGUGAAUGGUAAAAAAAGGUCACGCGUGAAAUACAAACUGUUGGACGCGCGAGUGCCGAAAAAGAGACGCGCGGCAGCUUCGGUCCAGAAAGGUGCAUAUCAGCGAUCGAGAAAAGGAAGACGUGUCCGCUCGGAUUGUGCACGCUGGCCCGCAGAGGUGCGGGAAAAAACAAGCAAGGGACACCGAAGUGUACCUGAAGAAGAAGUAAAAAUGUCAAGUACACUUGUCUUCAGAGGAAGCCCAAAAUUCGGUUCAGCCCGCGAACAAACUCUGAAGAGCCAACAACCAUCCGAUCGGCCCCUCGAAUUGUCGCGUUAAAAGCUUCGCACGUAUACCGUACGGCGUAUGCCAGUCAAAUGUCCGGAGACUCAAAAAUGGAGCCCCUAGUGGCGAUGGCUCUGCUAACGCUGCUCGCGAGCAGCGAAAUGGCGUAUUGCGACGAUCUAGAAGGACAGCAGCAGCAGCAAUUCCAGGAUGACCCUGACAGCGGCAACUGCAGCGGCGUGUGCACCGAAUCCCGAAACGCUACAAGGUCACAACCCGACAAUGUCGACAUCGUCAUCUCCAACAUGUACCAGUACAUAAGUCCAUUGUGGUACGAGUAUAUUUUCAUAAUAAUGCACGGGAUCGUCUUCAUAACUGGACUCAUGGGUAACGUCCUGGUCUGCGUUGCUGUCAUGAGGGCACACAUGCGUACCGUCACCAACUACUUCAUCAUGAAUCUCGCGUUAGCCGAUCUCCUGGUCAUACUUACCUGUCUGCCCUUCACCAUCACCUGGGAUAUUACGGAGACUUGGUUCUUCGGGCUCUACUCCUGCAAGAUCGUGCUCUACUUCCAGACUGUCUCGGUAACGGUGAGUGUGGGAACGUUGGUCUACAUAUCCUUUGAUAGAUGGUACGCAAUCCGUUCACCCCUGAAAUUCAAGUCCACGACCAGUCGUGCCAAGAAGGUCAUCUUUAUUAUUUGGAUGCUAGCACUAACCAUAGACAUACCGGAGCUCAUAGCCUACAGGACGUUCUCGCUAAUACCAAGUCCAGAGGUGCGCGAGAAGACGAAUCUGUUCACGCAAUGCGGCCCCGACUGGGAGAUAAGCACCCAGCUGUACGCCGCCUGGGUCAAGUUCGUGGGCCUGUACGUCGUCCCGCUGAUGCUGAUAAGCUUCGCCUACUUGCAGAUAGCGCGCGUUCUCUGGAGUGGCGAAAUUCCUGGCCAUAAUUUGUCGGCACGAAUAGUGAAUUCGAACCAGCUAAGCUCGCAGGCAAGUAUGGGCAACACUGAGUGCCAGCUUAAGUCGCGACGCAAGGCCGCCAAGAUGUUACUGGCUGUCGUGUUGGUCUUCGCCAUCUGCUGCCUCCCUGUGCAUUUCUUUUCGAUUUACAGAUUUUCAACGCCAGUGAAGGCAACGCCCUUGGCCAAUAUAAUAAGCUGUCUCGUGCAUUGGCUCUUUUACGCCAACAGCGCAAUCAAUCCACUCAUCUACAAUUUCAUGAGCGGAAAAUUCCGCAAAGAGUUCAAACGCACGUUCGCCAAUUGCUGCUCGCCAACGGGCAACCACAACCGAUCGGUUUACCGGGUGGCGGGCAACGUCUCCAAGAACCUCCAGUCCGUGAGAAGCACCAGCUGCAACAAUUCCAUGCACACCAGGUUCGCCCUGACGAUAUUCAGCAACAACAACAACACGAGCAACAACAAUUUGCGACACAGUACCGAGAUCGUCCCGCUGAGCGGGAUAUGCAACAGUCCCAAUGGGAUGCAGCAGCAGUCGGUGGGCAAUCACUCGGUUGUGACGUAUCAGUAAACACGUUGGAUAUGGGCUGCUACCCGGUGCGUGGCUAGCCCCGAUUGCCUGGAAAGAUAAUGCAAGCUUUGGUAUGAUUAUUAUUGAUUCGACAAGAAAUUCCAUGACCAUACGUGCAGAUCCUGGCGGACCAUCUUCGUACUUCAAGGAGUCGUAACGAUCUGUUAAACAAAAGUCAAUGUGUAUAGUGUUAUUAUAAGUUGAGCGAUAUUUCUUAAAACAUCAACUAAAUUAUCACUUAAAUGUGUAAAUGUGUAAAAAUUAAUGGUUAGAUCUUAAAAACAAGAAUAAUAUCUUUUGUUCCAUUUCAACUACAAACACCGUAGGACCAUGUCAUUGAAAAAUCUUAAUGAAUUUAUAAGUUUUAUUUUCUAAAGAA